CUGCUUUCUCGUCCUUCUCCAAUCUCCGUGUUGUUGUUCCCGGUGACGCGGCGGAGGUGUAGCCUGACGCGGGCUCUUACGUGUCGGCCAGAAUAAAAGUGGAGCUCCGGAGGCCCGGGAGUGACGAGGGGAGUCUGUACCGCUCAACCAAUGAAGAUGGAGUCAGCAACCGAGGCUCAGCAGGGGGCGGAGACUGCUGUGACGGAGACAGAGAGUCAGCAGAUUACCCAGGCACAGAUCGCUACUUUGGCCCAGGUAUCCAUGACAACAGGGCACGCCUCAGCGACGGGUCCCACGGUAACGCUGGUACAGCUUCCCAACGGACAGACGGUUCAGGUGCACGGCGUCAUCCAGGCUGCUCAGCCGUCUGUCAUCCAGUCCCCACAGGUCCAGGCAGUGCAGGUGAAACACACACACUCGCAACACAUACACUCACUUCCAGCGUUUGGUGCGUCUAUUGUUCGGGCACAAAAUAAAGUCAAAUGUUUGAUUGUUCUGUUCCAGAUUUCCACCAUAGCAGAAAGCGAAGAUUCACAGGAGUCAGUAGACAGCGUGACCGACACUCAGAAGCGCAGGGAGAUACUUUCACGACGCCCCUCGUACAGGAAAAUCUUGAAUGACCUUUCGUCCGACGCACCGGCUGUUCCUCGUAUCGAGGAGGAAAAGGCUGAGGAGGACUCGUCUGCCGCCGCCGCCACGCCCGCCAUCACCACCGUUACCGUCCCGACACCCAUCUACCAGACCAGCAGUGGACAAUACAUUGCAAUCACACAAGGUGGGGCCAUCCAGCUGGCUAACAACGGUACAGAUGGAGUCCAGGGCCUUCAGACUCUGACCAUGACCAAUGCAGCUGCAGCCGCCCAGCCUGGAGCCACCAUCCUGCAGUACGCACAGACCAGCGACGGCCAGCAGAUACUGGUCCCCAGUAACCAGGUGGUGGUCCAAGCUACCUCUGGUGACGUCCAGGCCUAUCAGAUCCGAGCGGCCCCGGCCAGCACCAUCGCCCCUGGAGUAGUCAUGGCCUCUUCACCCGCCCUCCCGACCCAGGGGGCCACCGAGGAGGUCACCAGAAAACGUGAGGUUCGCCUCAUGAAGAACAGAGAGGCAGCCCGUGAAUGUCGCAGGAAGAAGAAGGAGUAUGUUAAGUGUCUGGAGAACCGAGUGGCCGUCCUGGAGAACCAAAACAAGACACUAAUUGAAGAACUUAAAGCCCUUAAAGACCUUUACUGCCAUAAAUCUGAGUAGUUCCUCUUCUGAACGUCAAACGGGGCCAAGUAGCAUUUCAGUUUCUUUCAAAUACUGCGACUGUUUUAUUCUGCCUUUAUUUUUUCUUCUUUUUGUUGUCACCCAAUCUAACUCUGCUUAGAUGACCUUAUUCAGUAGGCUGUCGGGAUGUUGAAUUUAAAAUGCACAAAGUUGUGUAAUCCCACCCAGGUUUGAUGAUAAACAUUGGGGAACUGAAACGUCAUGGUUUAAAACAAUCAUUACAAUGGUACAGUCAGCUGGUGACAGCACUUAAUGUGAUAAAUGCGUCACACGCCUUCAUCUGAAAGCCUGUGUCUUGUUGUUAUGGUUUUGGCAAACAUCCUUGUAAGUUAACUUCUCAUUGUGGUCAUGGUUGAGAUGCUUCAAAAAGCACCACAGCUGAGUAACUCAGAGGAGACACUUGCUGCAUUUCCAUUAACCCUAGAAAUGUGCAAAACCUAAAUGUUGCAAUAAAAAAACUGGUGAUGGAAACGCCAACAUUUCGAAAAAAACCUCUCAAAUAUCUCUAAAACAUUUUUGCACUCUCAUGAGGUGGUUUUUCAGAUGUAUCGAUAUAACAAUGCGUUGCAAAAGUGCGGUAGAAGCACUUUUUCUUUUGCAAUUCCCUGUCACCCCUGAGAUGAUGCAUGGGGUCAUGUGACCAGUUCAUUUGAAGGCCAUCCUCCCCAAAGUAAAGUCUCGCUCGAUGAGAAUUUAAGAGAAUUGCCAAGAGCUCAUUGGCAACCUUUUAAUGGAAACACGUACAAAGCGCAAUUGAGCUUUGUCGAAAUUUCUAAGCUAGCUAAAAUUACAUAACUGGUCCAAUAGAAGAAGACCAGUUUGGUGUCUGUCUUGCAGCCUUUUAUUUCACAACUUCUCUCCAACAACUAAUAACUACUCUGAGAUGUUUUAUUAUCUGUCCUUUUGGUCGGUCUUUUACUCUUGGCUUCCUCCAUUAACAUCCAGUUCAGUCUCUUUACACAGCUAUCACCUGUUUAUAUCUAACUGAAGACCUCCCAGUAUUAUAAAGCGUUACGCACUUCUUCUGGCAGAACAUACCCGAUUACCAACCAAUGUUCAGAGCACAGAAAAGAGACACUACUAUCCCUUCAACAAGCAUCGUUAAAAUAGUUUUGAAUCUUUUAUUGUAAAAGAUAUGGCGAACUUCCAGGCCAACUCGCAGAUUCCAAUGCCAAAGAAACAAUUUCUCAUUAUAAAAUAAGCAAAGCGUGAAGACUUUCAGCUCCUUUUGAAUCUGUCUUUGAAUGAGCACAAAGUCAAUCUUCACAAAUUCAUAAAACAACUUAAGUUAAGAAGUCAGCGAUUCUUUUUGUGAGCUAUAACUGUUUCAAACAGUCAUGAACAGUGUUGUCUGAGUCAGACUGUCAACAUUUAACUGAGGCAAAAUCAACAUUACGCAAACACAUGAACACCAUCCACUGGCAUCUGUGAAUUUUUUAUUAUCUGCCAAUAGACUGAAGGUGGUCGACCAGGGGAUUAUGAACCAACAUCGAUGUAAUACAGCAUUCACAUAGUUGAGAGUUCUUUAGUGAAGUGUUUUAGUUGUUCAGCUGUUGAAAAGGCGCUUAAAAAAAGAGUGUUUGUGUUUACUAUUACUGUAUAUGUAAGCAAUAAUGCCCCAUCAAGUUGGCCUUGGUAUCACUACACUAUAUCAUUAUUGUUGUCAUGGUUACCUGUGGUUUCAUUAACAUUGUGCUCUGGUUUACAACAGUUAAAGUUGUUCUAAUAUAAGGUGAGUGUAUGGAUGGCUGGUGAAUGGUGGUUACAUUUAACUGUUAAACAGUUUUCUUUGGCCAAAACUGUGACAACAAGAUGCAACUUAUAAAACUGUUAGUUUUCUUUAACAUAAAUGUGAUACAUUGAUUGUGAUGUUUUAGCCUGUUAAUUUGGUGCACUUUGCGGUACAUUUUACUAGUACAUAAGACAAGCUCAGUGGGUUGCAGUUAAAGGCUUGAUCCACAUCCCGACCCAACAAAUUAGGCACAAACAAGUUUUAUAUUUUUUUGUUGUUGUUGUUUAAAAAGAUGCUAUCGACUGCCGAUCAUGGAUUAAGUGGAGAAGUUGUAGUGGGUUGUCACACCUUUCCAUUGAAUCAUAUUGUUUUUUUACUUCUACAUGACUGAUGGUUAUCAGAGCUGCUAUUACACUGAUAUUGUUAGCAGGCUGAGACAUGACUUUAAACGUUUGUUUUUACAACCUGGACUCCUUUUUUUUAAUAUAUAUAUAUAUUUUAUCAUUUUAUGUCACUAUUUACUUACUUAUUUAAACAUUUUGCUCACCAGUUUUAUAUAAACCUAUUACAUUUAAUUGGAAAAGAAAGAAAAAAUAAUACUUUCACCUUUGACUGAUGACUUAUAACUGUUCUGUACACAAAUAGUAAUUCAAAGGGCAUUUAUUAUAUAUGGACUAAUUAUGUUUAUGCUUCUGCGUCAAUUUAACCAGACUUGGCUACGUUCAUAGAUCAUGGUGUCUAGUCCCGUUGGGAUUUAAACUGCACUUAAAGGCUCAAUUAAUGUACUGCAGGACAUCGACACUGUAACCUACGCACGUAGUCUAUGACGCUGUGAGAUGUUUAUAUUUUGCGCUCGUCAAUCUGUAACAACACCACCCAAACGCUAGUUGGCGCUAUGUCUAUUUUGGCAUUUGGGUUAAUAUUCUGUUUCCUGCUUCACAUUCAGUAAUGGAGACUGAACCUUUCACUGAAAUUUUGCCCAAGUGGAAUCAUACGAAUGCUUGUACCUUCGAACCUCCUCGGUCAGUCUUUUUUCAGUGAUUCAAAACAAUCAAUUUAAAAAUUGCUGAGAUGGAGAAGCAGCUGUAAAUAAUAAAGCGUAAACAUGCUACUACCGAGUGGCCCAAUCUUGCGGCAUUGCGGGAAUGCAGGCCCCGCCCAUUUCUGGGGAGGUGCACGCCAGGCUGUUGCAUUAGGGUCUGUGCAAGGUCUGGGUUGUCGCCAUAGCUACGCCAUCAAAUUGAGGCAGAAGCAUUUAAACCGUCUGGUAGUGAGUUAAAAUUAAGUAUGCAACAGAUUAGCAUCUGAGGGGAUAAAAAUAAGGUCCAGGUUGUACAGAAACUUAUGUCCAGCACCAGAGAUGCAGAUGUCACAUCAAACAUUUCUCAGUUGGUCAUUAAACACAGUUGUUUCAUGAUGUUAGAUUUUUCAGCGUUGUAAAAUGUUUUUUGUUUUUGCAAAAUGGCGGCAAAAUAUUGUUAACCUAAUAGCGUAAUUGCCUAAGUCAUAUUUGAAAACAAGAAAAACACAAUUUUUAGCAAGCACAUUGGUAUUUUUUAUUUUUAUUGUAACAGUAAGUCAGAAAAUGACUUGGGCAAUUAUGCUAUUAGGCUAACGACAUGGAUCGUGACAAAAUGUGAGAUUGUGGAGCCCUUUUGUAGCAGAUUCUUUGAAAAAAGAAAAAAAGACAAUAACUACUGCUACGAAAGUGUAAAACUAAUUAUCCACAAAAGUGAAAAGAGAAUACUGUUGUGGGACUGUGUGUGGUUUUUGAGGAGAUAUGUGUACGUACUCGUCAGUUUAUUUUUAUAUAUAUAUAUUACUGUAUAUAGACUCUACAGCAUGUGUAGACCUCAUGUAUUUCUGUUUGUUUGAUAUGAAAAAUGUUCCUAUGGCUUGUAUGAAACCAACUUUGCAUAUUUGUAACAUACGUCGGUGUAUAAUUGAAAGCAAUGUAUGUGUGUGUGUAUUCAUGUAAUCCGCCGGGCCUACCGUCGUCAUGGCAGCUAGUGUAAGAGGAAAAAAAGGCCUUUUUUGUGGGGGGGGGGUGCUAUAUUUUGGAGUGCUGUAAUCUGCUGAUGGAUCAGUGUUGGGGAGAGCGAGCCUUUUUGAGAGCAGUUGGGGUCCACAACAUGUAUCAUUUUUUAUCUUUCUUUUCUCAUAGUGUUUUAUCAUGAAAUGAUAAAAAAAAAGGCUCCACCAGUACCUGUUUUUUUUUUGUUUUUUUUUCCAAGUCAUACAAUGAAAGCACAACUUUCUUUCCACUGGAGCCAAUCUUAGUGUUUAUUUUAUUGUACUUUAUACAGCAUUUAUUUUAAAGUUUUCCCAUUUAUGUUGGAUCCAGUGGGAAGAUUCAUACCUGUAAAUCUGUCUUCAACUAGAAACCGGUGUGAACGGUUUCUGAACACUAAGUGCGUUAUUAUUUAGGGAGGUUAAAGAUGCAGUCUGUGGAUGCAUUUUAGUUUGACACAAUUAUGUCCUGUUAGCACAUAAGUAAUGAUGUUGACCUUUAAAAUGGAGGGUUUGUUUGUUUAUAGCUUCGUCUGGAGAUUAACCUUUCUCAGAAGCUAAUGAAUGGGCUUUCAGUUAACGUUCAUUUGACUUUAAGUCAUUACUGUGCUGAUUUAAAGUCAAUCAUUACUAAGUUUUAAAGCCUCUGGGAUUAGCUGAGAAAAAAAUUUACUGGAUGUACUUUAUCUGCCCCUGUCUUGCUGUUCUCUUGUGUCACAGUGUUGUUCAGAGGAAUUUGUGUAGAGAUAUGACAUUUCAGGAGAUAUGUGAAGUCUGAGUGCAAAGGGUCGUAGGAUGGAGGAUAAUUCAUUAGUACUAGCAGUUCUAAUGGUGUGUGUAGGGAUUGGUAGCACAAUGUCUUGAUGCUGCUGUCAUUAUGAUAUUUAAGAUGAAGAAGUGUGUUCUGAAAAAAGGAAUGAUUUCCACCCCUUGUAAUUCACACAUCCAGUGAUGGUGCUAAGAAAAAAAAAAGACUAGUAAUAAUAAUCUUUUUAUCAAUUGGAUAUAGUGAACUCGACUGUGUGAUGUGAUUACGCAAUAUCUUUCCAGCAACACCGACAGUGUUGUUUUAAUUUCUGUGCCGGAAGAGUUUCCUUUUUGUACCCACGGGCCUCAUUUUUUUUGCAUGUGUCAUGUUGAUAUCAAUGUGUGUAAAAGUAUAAAUAGAGAGAGAGUUUCUAGAACAGUAAUAAUGACAUUUUUCUAACUUUUAAUGUGAUCGGUUUGUAUAUUGCCACUUUUACAGAUUAUCAAUUUAAAAAUGCUAUUCAUUGUAUAGUAUCUUUGUCACAUUAUAAAACUACACCAGCCCAUUAUUUCAAAGUGCUGUUAACCUGACAUUACAUCGCUCUUUUGUAAACACUUGCUAUGUUACAAUAAAAUACUCUGGAUGAUUGUUAUGAAUUUUAUUGUUAAUCGCUUAUAUAUACAUAUAUCUAUAAACAUUCAAGUUAUGAUUUAUACAUUGAU